CGCGGGAGAGGCUUAGGGCAGGAAGGAGGAGAGGAAUGAUCGCAGUAAAUAGAGCCGGGUAAAGCAUGAAGCUGUACUGCUUGUCCGGGCAUCCAACUUUACCAUGCAACGUGCUCAAGUUCAAAUCUACCACCAUCAUGCUAGACUGUGGACUGGAUAUGACCUCCACACUCAACUUUCUUCCCCUGCCGCUGGUCCAGAGCCCCAGGCUAUCCAAACUCCCAGGUUGGGUCUUAAAAGACGGAAGCACUUUCCUAGACAAGGAGCUGAAGGACUGUUCAGGUCACGCGUUCGUGGAUUCUGUUCCUGAGUUUUGUUUGCCAGAGAUGGAACUAAUAGAUCUGUCCACCGUGGACGUGAUUCUGAUCUCCAACUACCACUGCAUGAUGGCUUUGCCUUACAUCACAGAACAUACAGGGUUCACUGGUACGGUGUAUGCCACAGAGCCGACUGUUCAAAUUGGCAGGCUUCUAAUGGAGGAGCUGGUGAAUUUUAUUGAACGGGUGCCAAAGGCUCAGUCUGCCUCCAUGUGGAAGAACAAGGAAGUGCAGAGAUUGCUGCCUGCCCCUUUGAAGGAUGCCGUUGAAGUGGCGACAUGGAGGAGGUGCUACAGCAUGCAGGAAGUGAACUCGGCACUCAGCAAGAUCCAGCUGGUUGGGUACUCCCAGAAAAUAGAGCUUUUUGGUGCUGUUCAAGUGUCCCCUCUCAGUUCCGGAUAUGCACUCGGCAGUUCCAACUGGAUCAUCCAGUCGCAUUACGAGAAGGUGUCCUAUGUCUCAGGAUCCUCACUCCUUACUACGCAUCCGCAGCCCAUGGAUCAAGCUUCUCUUAAAAACAGCGAUGUUCUUGUCCUGACUGGACUCACCCAGAUUCCAACCGCCAAUCCGGACGGCAUGGUGGGGGAAUUCUGCAGUAGCCUUGCGAUGACAGUUCGGAAUGGCGGAAAUGUUCUGGUUCCCUGCUACCCCUCUGGAGUGAUCUACGACCUUCUGGAAUGUCUGUACCAGUAUAUCGACUCUGCAGGUCUUUCCAACGUUCCCUUCUACUUCAUCUCCCCGGUCGCCAACAGCUCGCUUGAAUUUUCCCAGAUCUUUGCUGAAUGGGUUAUCGUGAGGAUGAAGGAGGUGAUUGCUGCAAUAAAAAUUCCUGAGGAAGAAGUGUCUCUGGUUGCUAACCGCCCUCUUUUCACCCAGCUCAUUCAGACGAACAAGUUGAAGCAUUACCCCAGCAUCCAUGGAGACUUCAGCAAUGACUUCAAGCAGCCUUGUGUGGUGUUCACGGGCCACCCUUCCCUUCGGUUUGGGGAUGUGGUGCACUUCAUGGAACUGUGGGGAAAAUCCAGCCUCAACACAGUGAUAUUUACAGAGCCUGACUUUUCCUACCUGGAUGCACUAGGACCUUACCAGCCGCUGGCUAUGAAGUGUGUUUACUGUCCCAUAGACACCAGGUUGAAUUUCAUUCAGGUGUCCAAGUUACUCAAGGAAGUACAGCCUCUUCAUGUGGUUUGCCCAGAGCAGUACACUCAACCCCCACCAACCCAGUCCCAUCGCACGGACUUGAUGAUCGACUGCCUACCCUCUCCCAUGUCCUACCGCCGAGCUGAGGUGCUGACCCUUCCAUUCAAGCGCCGCUACGAGAAGAUUGAAAUCACGCCAGAGCUUGCGGAUUCACUGGUGCCCACAGAGAUGAAGCCAGGCAUUUCCCUAGCAACCGUUACUGCUGUUUUGCAUACUAAAGACAACAAGCAUGUACUUCAGCUCCCUCCAAAGCUGCCUCAGCCCCAGACUGGCAAGAAAAGGAAGAGGGUGACAGAUGACGUGCCGGAACUGAGAGCCAUCAAGCCUCUGCUCAGCGGCUCCAUUCCGGUGGACCAGUUGGUACAAACUCUGGAGAAGCAUGGCUUCAGUGACGUAAAGGUAGAAGACACCCCAAAGGGACACAUCGUGCUGUUUCAAGACGUAGAAACACUCAUUCGGAUUGAGGAGGAUUCCACCCACAUCAUGUGUGAAAGCGAUGAUGAGGCGUUAAGGGUUAAGCUGCAGGACUUGAUCCUCAAAUUUCUGCAGAAAUUCUAAGACUGUCUGUGCUAAAGUCUCUCCUCUUAAAAGAGGAGGAAAAACCAACAUGGAUGGAAACUGUCCUUAGUCUGGGCCGAGACAGAAGAACACCCACUGCCAGGGAAAAACCUUGUACAGCUGAUCAUCUUCCUUUUGCAAGAAAUCACCACACUGUUGCCCUCUGCUUUACUAGCAGAGACUUCUGGGCCUCUGCACUCCCAGGUAUAGUUCAGCCGGAGCCGCUUUCACCAUCUUGAAGCUAUGUGAAGCUUCACAAGCAGCUCCAGUUAAGUGGUUUUUUCCCCAUUGUCCUGUAAAAGAUGCAGGAGCCUCAAUCAAGAAAAUGUGGUUUCCCCUUCUCAGGAGUCUUGCCUCUGCAAACAGAGGAGGAGCCCCCAGGGGCCAGGUCGUUAUUGAUGCCUGCAGCUUGGAGAUUAGACACAUCGCUGUCAAAGGGCUUCUGAAGUUUGGUUCCAAAUGCGCACGCACAUUUUCAAAAUGCCCCCAGACCUUUUGAAUAUUUGGGACGUGAUGGAAAAGCCAUGGCGGCCAGGAGUGCCUAUCGAUUGCAUUUCCUGUUUUGUCUUUCCUCCCCUUUCCUGUCUGAAAUGCUGGAGAGGUUUUAAAGCAUUGUUUUUCCGUUCACAGCAAAUGGUCAAUAAUAUUUUUAAGACAUGUCUUGCUUUAGUCUGGACUGCAUUUCUCUUUUCAUUUCCUUACCAUUUUCAGCUUUUAAAUGGUGAUUGUUGUUUAUAAAAAAAAAACUUGGAGGCCUGCUCAUAGCUGAACAAAUAAAAAGCCCUAUUUUAAUAAA